AUGGACGGCCGACGUGAGCGUUCCCGGCUGCCGCCCGAGUACCAGCUCCCACAGUACGGUGAUGUGGACGAUUCGACGCCCGCCAGCUCGCCAAACCAUGGCGCUGCCGUGCGCCUGCUCACUUCGAUGGAGGAGCCUUAUGACCCAAGGCCCUCUCGAGGUCGCGCACGGCGCCCGUACGAACCGUCGCUGGACUCACGCCAGUCUAUUCUGGAUCCGCCUCAUAUGCCGCCCCCUGAACCGUCUUAUAGCUCGUACGACCCGGCCCUGGAUGGCGAAUCCCCCGUCCGGCCAUGGUCUCCGACGCACAGCGCCUCCGAGUACAGCCGUCCUCCGCCGGUCAGCAACCGCUACGAGCCGGCGGAUCUCAACGGCAGCCCCCGGCCAGGAACACCCGCUUCGACGUAUGGCGGGAGCCCGAGGCGCCCACUCCCACCGGCACCGCUCUUCUCGGCCGGAGCCGGAGCCCGCGGAUCUACCCACUCCUUUGCAGACGAUAUCACCGUGAGCAUUCCUCUGGCCGAGGACACGGACGACGUUUUCGGUCCCGAAUCCGACCUUGGUCGUGGUCAUGGCCGACACCCCCGUGACUCGUACGCAGAGUCUCAGGUCACGCUUAGCGACGAAGCCACGGACAUCUCGUAUGACGAGAAGACGGAUCGUUAUGGACCUGCGCCGGAAGGAAAACAGGAGAGACGUGGUGUCCGGGCGCCGCAGAUGAGCAGGCGGGAGGUGCAGUUGAUCAAUGGCGAGUUGGUGUUGGAGUGCAAGAUUCCGACCAUUCUUUACAGCUUCUUGCCGCGCCGAGACGAGAUCGAGUUUACCCACAUGCGAUACACGGCCGUGACUUGCGACCCCGACGACUUCGCGGACAGGGGCUACAAACUGCGCCAAAACAUUGGGAGAACGGCGCGCGAGACGGAGCUGUUCAUCUGCAUCACCAUGUAUAACGAGGACGAGUACGGCUUCACCCGAACCAUGCAUGCGGUCAUGAAGAACAUUAGCCACUUUUGCAGCCGCAACCGGAGUCGAACCUGGGGCGAGCUGGGCUGGCAGAAGAUUGUGGUCUGCAUCGUGUCGGACGGUCGUGAGAAGAUUCACCCGCGGACCCUUGAUGCGCUAGCCGCGAUGGGCGUCUACCAGCACGGCAUCGCCAAGAACUACGUCAACCAAAAAGCGGUCCAAGCGCACGUAUACGAAUAUACUACCCAGGUGUCUCUUGACUCGGAUCUCAAAUUCAAGGGCGCGGAAAAGGGAAUUGUGCCCUGCCAGAUGAUCUUUUGCUUGAAGGAGAAGAACCAGAAGAAACUCAACUCGCAUCGCUGGUUCUUCAACGCGUUUGGCAAGGCGCUCAACCCGAACGUCUGUAUCCUGCUCGAUGUAGGCACCCGGCCGACCGGCACAUCGCUGUACCACCUGUGGAAGGCGUUCGAUACCGACUCCAAUGUAGCCGGCGCUUGCGGCGAGAUCAAGGCAAUGAAAGGGAAAUGGGGGCGAAACCUGCUGAACCCUCUAGUAGCUUCGCAGAACUUUGAGUACAAGCUGUCGAACAUUCUGGACAAGCCGCUGGAGAGUGUCUUUGGGUACAUUACGGUUCUACCCGGCGCGCUCAGCGCCUACCGGUACCACGCGCUGCAGAACGAUGAGACCGGCCACGGGCCGCUCAGUCAGUACUUCAAGGGGGAGACGCUGCACGGCCAGCAUGCCGACGUCUUCACUGCCAAUAUGUACCUAGCAGAAGAUCGUAUUCUGUGUUGGGAGCUGGUGGCUAAGCGGGGCGAGAGAUGGGUGUUGAAGUACGUCAAGGGGUGUACGGGCGAGACGGAUGUGCCUGACACGGUCCCCGAAUUCGUGUCACAGCGCCGUCGGUGGCUGAACGGUGCUUUCUUUGCGGCCGUCUACUCGCUGGUCCAUUUCCGACAGGUUUGGGCUACCGACCACACCAUCGCCCGGAAGAUUCUGCUGCACAUCGAGUUCAUCUACCAGUUCAUCCAACUCAUCUUCACGUACCUCUCUCUCGCCAACUUCUAUUUGACCUUCUACUUCAUCGCCGGCGGCCUUGCGGAUCCUCACGUGGAUCCGUUCAACGGCGGCGCUAAGUAUAUUUUCAUUAUCCUCCGCUAUGUCUGCGUUCUUCUCAUCUCGACCCAAUUCAUUCUCUCUCUCGGCAACCGGCCCCAGGGUGCGCGCAAGAUGUACCUCGCGUCGAUGAUCAUCUACGCCAUCAUCAUGGCGUACACUUUGUUUGCCUGCAUCUAUGUCGUGGUUCGUCAGUUCUCUUUGAAAGGCGAUGAGGCCGACCUCGCCAUGGGCAACAACGUGUUCACCAACAUGAUCGUCUCAACCGCCUCGACCGUCGGGCUCUACUUCAUCAUGUCGUUCCUGUACCUGGACCCGUGGCACAUGUUCACGUCAUUCCUGCAGUACCUCAUCCUGCUACCGUCGUACAUUUGCACGCUGCAGAUUUACGCCUUUUGCAACACGCACGACGUGACCUGGGGUACCAAGGGUGACAACGUGAUGAAGACAGACCUGGGCGGGGCCAUCGGUAAAGGCUCGACCGUGGAACUGGAGAUGCCGUCGGAGCAGCUGGACAUCGACUCGGGCUACGACGAGGCGUUGCGCAACCUGCGCGACCGCGUCGAGGUUCCGGAGCCCGGCAUUUCGGAGGACCAACUGCAACAGGACUACUACAAGAGUGUGCGGACGUACAUGGUCCUAACCUGGCUGAUAGCGAACGCGACGCUAGCCAUGGCGGCGAGCGAGGCGUACGGCGGCAGUUCGAUAGGCGACAACUUCUACCUGCGCUUCAUCCUUUGGUCGGUGGCAGGGUUGGCCGUAUUCCGUGCACUCGGCAGCACGACGUUUGCCGUCAUUGCGCUUAUCAACACGAUUGUGGAGGGCCGGGUGCGCAUGAGCAUUCAGGUGCCCAAGUGGUUGGGCGGGUGGGGGACCAAAAUCAGCGAUACCGUGAGCAAUGUCGCGAGUAGUGUGAGGAGGUAG